GAGAAGAUGUUCAAAGUGCUGUGGCUUUGUUUAAGUCUCUGUUUUGUGGGCGGAGACACGUUGUUGGCAUUAAAUGCCAAAGACUAUCAAUUGGACUUUCUGCGAGAAUUGGCCAACUUGGCUGAGCAAAAGGCUGAAGUCGGUCUAAAUGGGUAUUUGGAAAAGUUACUGGCUAAUUCUAGAUACAGCAAUUUUACGGCUGAGCUAAGCACGGCAAAGGCAAGUCUGAAGCUGCAGACUAAAGUGACGCUGAUUAAGCAACUUUUGGAUGUCGAUGUGCAACAUUAUGACUUGAAUGAUGCUGACGAUAUGGAACAUAUCAGUGUGCUACGUAAUCUGGUGUUUUUGAACCGACUGAAGAAACUACUGAAAAGUGCCCGAGACUCAAGUGCCCAAGAGAUACGUCAAUUGCGUGUACAUCGUCUUUGUCAGCAAUUUGAGCGUCCCACUUCUGUGCGGCGUAAAAGUUCAUCGUCAUCAACAUCAUCGCUAAUUAAUGAAAAAACUGUCGGAGCCGCUCUAGAGCAAUUGAAUCUUACCCACACUUUUGAUAAUUUAACCAAAUCAAUCAAUCUCAAUCAAUUUGGUGAACAACUUUAUGGCCGAGUGAAGUUUGCUGGAGCUGAAAUUAUAGACAACUAUUUGCUUAUACUUCGGGGCCUUCUGCAAGAUAUCAUCGAUGCCGAGCACGAGGACUUGGCCCAGAAUACUACGCAAUUGGAGAAGCUGUUGCAGCAAAUCGAUGGCAUGUUGGCCAUCAAAGAUUUCUUUGAGAAACGUCAAAAGCUCUAUGCCUAUUUGGAACGUCAUCUGACCACAGACUAUGAGCAAUUGACUGAGACUGCCCAUUCGGAACAGCAUUUGACCGAACAACUUCUGGAACAACUUAAAGCCAAGGGAUUGGAUUUGUUUGUCAUAUUUCUAUUUAGUAAUUUUGAAUUCUUGGAAAAGAUCCACGAACAAUGGAUACAACUUUUGCCUGAAAUGCCGCCAAGUUUGUUGCACGAUGAUACCACAAGAAAAUUGUAUGAUAUACAACAAUUGUAUGAAACCUUUAAACUGGACACGGAAAGUACAGUGAAAUAUGAGGCGUAUGUGAAAGCAUUACGACAAUUACAUGAACAAACUGUAGAUCAGGGUCAAGAGAAUCGUCAUAUUUUCGAAAUGCUCAACAAUGCGGCUCAGAAUGUUGGGAGUGUCACCUUCAAUAUGAUCAAAUCCAAAUGCAAGGAGUUGCUCUGAAAUGUAAAUGUAAUAAAAAAUGCUAAAGUGAAUCAACUUAAUGAUUAAUAAAAGUCUUAAUUAUA